UAAAUACGGGUCGAACUGUUCGAUCGGGUCGUGUUAAAAAUUCAAAUUAUGGGGGAGAAAAGUCGAGCAAUGCACGUGUUUUCGACGUCAAUUUGGUUCCAGUAACAUAAAACACAUAAUUAAAACUGAAUUGAACGGACUUCCGACAGAAGGAAAAAAAAUGACCACCAUCACUGAAGUCCGGCGUUUUUACCGUUACGUCAUGGACGACAUGAGUGAUCCUCGUACACAGGAUUGGUUCAUGGUUCGAUCCCCGGCGCCGAUUCUUCUAAGUAUUGGCGUGUAUCUUUACCUAGUAAAACUGGGCCCCGUUUGGAUGAAAUCAAGAAAGGCCUACGAUCUAAAAAAUCCAAUGAUUGUCUACAACUGCUGCAUGGUUCUGCUAAGCAUGUAUAUGUUUUAUGAGACUCUAAUGGCGGCAUGGUUCAAUACAGACUUCAGUAAGCAAUGCCAACCAAUGGAUUACUCCAAUGACCCGAACGCUUUAAGAAUUGCCAAUGUAAUUUGGGUUUACUAUAUAUCUAAACUAGUCGAGUUCCUUGAUACGGCCUUCUUCGUUUUGAGGAAGAAAAACAACCAGGUAACCUUCCUUCACGUUUACCACCAUGCUGCUAUGCCUUUCUGGUACUGGCUAGGAGCGAAAUUUGUUCCUGGAGGAGAGAGUUACCUUGUAGUGAGCUUAAAUAGUUUCAUACAUACCAUCAUGUACACCUAUUACCUGCUGGCAGCGUUUGGGCCGUCCAUGCAGAAAUAUCUAUGGUGGAAAAAAUACAUGACAAAGCUACAGUUGGUGCAGUUUGCCUGGUUUCUUCUUCAUAGUAUACAAGUGUUAUACGUAGGAUGCGGGUUUCCAAGAGCGUACAUUGUGUGUCAGUGCCUUUUUACUAUUUCACAAUUUGUUCUCUUCCUUAACUUUUACCAACAGACCUAUACAAAAUCAAAUAAAACGGAAACGGGGAAACAAAAGUAGGGAAUGGGCCGCGAUCCCUGCAUAUCUUAUGUUACUUGAUACUGCUACAUACCUCUGGAGUCGAGUUUUGUGAAUUUUCUGUCAUUAUGCUCAAACUCUCCGAAUUAUCGCUAUUUGACUGUUAAAAUAGAUAUGAGAUUACAUUGUACGUGUAUAUUCUUUUUUGGAAUGCAUGGAUCUUAAAUUGUGUUUAAUAUCUGCUCAAUACAUAUAUUUGAAAUAA